GACCUGAGUAACAACGACCUGCAGGACUCAGGACUGAAGAAGCUGUGUGGUGGACUGAAGAGUCCAGACUGCAAACUGGAAACUCUCAGCCUGUCAGGAUGUCUGAUCACAGAGGAAGGCUGUGCUUCUCUGGCCUCAGCUCUGACCUCCAACCCCUCCCAUCUGAGAGAGCUGGACCUGAGAUACAACCAUCCAGGAGACUCAGGAGUGAAGCUGCUGAUGGCUGCACUGAAGGAU